AUGGCUUCAAGUUCAAGUCGAGCAUUCGCCUACAGUGUACAUACCGUGUCGGGAACCAACACACGGGUUAUCAUCAAAUCUACAGGGAAAACCAACACACUGGAUAUCACCAAAUCUACAGCGGGAACCAACACACGGGUUAUCACCAAAUCUUCAGCGGGAACCAACACACGGGUUAUCACCAAAUCUACAGCGGGAACCAACACAUGGGUUAUCACCAAAUCUACAGAGGUAACCAACACACGGGUUAUCCUCAAAUCUACAGCAGGAGCCAACACACGGGUUAUCACCAAAUCUACAGCGGGAACCAACACACGGGUUAUCACCAAAUCUACAGAGGUAACCAACACACGGGUUAUCCUCAAAUCUACAGCAGGAGCCAACACACGGGUUAUCACCAAAUCUACAGCGGGAACCAACACACGGGUUAUCACCAAAUCUACAGAGGUAACCAACACACGGGUUAUCCUCAAAUCUACAGCAGGAGCCAACACACGGGUUAUCCUCAAAUCUACAGCAGGAGCCAACACACGGGUUAUCAACGAAUCUAAAGCGGGAAUCAACACACGGGUUAUCACCAAAUCUACAGCAGGAAUCAACAAACGAGUUAUCACCAAAUCGACAGAGAGAACCAACACACGGGUUAUAAACGAAUCUAAAGCGGGAACCAACACACGGGUUAUCACCAAAUCUACAGCCGGAACCAACACACUGGUUAUUACCAAAUCGACAGAGAGAAUCAACACACUGGUUAUCACCGGAUCUAAAGCGGGAACCAACACACGGGUUAUCACCAAAUCUAAAGCGAGAACCAACACACGGGUUAUAAACGAAUCUAAAGCGGGAACCAACCGACGGGUUAUCAGCAAAUCUAUAGCGGGAACCAACAGACGGGUUAUCAACAAAUCCACAGCGGGAGCCAACACACGGGUUAUCAACGAAUCUACAGCGGGAACCAACACACGGGUUUUCAACGAAUCUAAAGCGGGAACAAACAAACGGGUUAUCACCAAAUCUAAAGCGGGAACCAACACGCGGGUUAUCAACGAAUCUAAAGCGGGAACCAACACACGGGUUAUCACCAAAUCUAAAGCGGGAACCAACACACGAGUUAUCACCAAAUCUAUAGCGGGAACCAACAGACGGGUUAUCAACAAAUCCACAGCGGGAGCCAACACACUGGUUAUCAACGAAUCUAAAGCGGGAACCAACACACGGGUAAUCAACGAAUCUAAAGCGGGAACCAACACACGGGUUAUCACCAAAUCUACAGCAGGAAUCAACAAACGAGUUAUCACCAAAUCUACAGGGAAAACCAACACACUGGUUAUCAUGGCAAAUACAUAUGAUAACGACCCAUGGUUUAUCACAAAGUUUUAG